AUGUCGAAAAUCAUCAGAGUACUCUUCAUGGUGAUCGUUUCCAUGGCCAUAACCAUCGUCCUCAUCACUAUCGCCUCUAUCGGUGACAACCACGAAACCUCACUUCCCAAAUCACUGGUGGUGAAACCGUUUCCGAAGAGGGUAAGUCGUUUCCUAGCGGAAAACAAAAACCCUAGAGCUGCUGCAGACCACUGCAAGAAAGAUGACGAGAUUUGCUACAUCUUAGAAGGCAAAAACUCGACUUGCUGCAACAACAAGUGUAUGGAUUUGAGCGACGAUAAACACAACUGUGGAGCAUGCAAGAACAAGUGCAAGUUUACCAGCUCCUGUUGUGGAGGAGAGUGCGUGAAUUUGGCUUAUGACAAGCGGCAUUGUGGGUCGUGUGGUAACAAGUGCAUGCCUGGUGGUUAUUGCAUAUAUGGACUCUGCAAUUACGCCUAA